UGGAGUAUAAAGAAAAUGGAUUUUGCCACAUUUCUCCGGCAAUCAUGGAAACUCUUUGUGACUGAGGGGAAGCUGAGCUGGAAUAAUAAGAUGGUCCUCUUUGCUCUCUGCAGCUCUCUCAGUUUCAUAGCAAGUGUGUUCCUGCUUCUACCUGGGUAUUCCUUCCUGCGGGACUAUCCAAUGCUUUCUAUCAUCACAGUCAAUAUUUUAUGGAUUCUCCUUUCUGUAAAUCUGUACUUCUUCAGGUCCUUCCGCUGCUUUGUUGUGCUGUUCUUCCUUUCUUGUGGACUGCGCGAAGGCAGAAACACUCUCAUUGCUGCUGGGACUGCUAUGGUGGUUGCUGGCAACAUCCAAAAUAUUUUUUUUAACCUGAAGCAGCUGGCAGAUAGUGUGACUUGCACUCUUGAUUCCCAGAACUGGGCUUUCCUUGACUUCACCUAUCUUAAAGCCAUUCGGUGGAUUUUCAAUCAGAUCAAGUUUUCAGGACAUCUGUUUGUGGUGCGUGACAGCUUAAACGUGUCUUUCUUGGUUUCAGAUGAAGACCUGAAGCUGCAGCUGGAAAAAACAAAACUGGGCAUUCACAACAUCACUAGCCAGAUCUCCUCCAUAAUAGCUCUACAGUCCUUUUUGGGCAAGAAAGUGCUACCUCUUUUGGGGACAAUUUUGGUUCUCCUUGGGACAUAUCUCUUCAUCCGAAACUUCCUGAGCCCACAGAACCUCAAGUUUAAGAACACAUACAUUACACAAGGGUUCGUUAAAUACAACGAGCAAGUGUGGCAGCAGCAAAAACUCUCAGCCCUUCCCCUAAGUAAAGAAGAAAGAAAUCUGUACUCGCUGGUGCCAUCUUUUUGCCAAACACCUAAAGAGAGGAAAUGCACAGCACGCUUUUUUCUUCCUGUGGUUGCUAACCUUUGCAUUUGGGUCCUCUUUGCAGCGGUAGAUUAUUUGCUUUACUGGCUCAUUUUUUCCGUGAGCAAGCAUCUCCAAGAUUUCCCUGAGCUAGAGGUCCACUUCAAAUUGUAUUACCAUAAAAACACAGCUAAGUUCAUCUUGAACAAUGGGGAGCUUGUUGACAAGACUAUUUCCUUUAAGACUCCUCUUUUUGAGGAAGCCUGCAUUCCCAAACCAAAGAUUUCCCUCUCUGCUACAUGGAUCCAGCUUGGCGUCAUCCUGUUCUUUCUAAUAGUGCUGGGACUACUGACUUCUACACUCACACAACUUAAAAUAUUAGUGGCGACAGCAUUCUUUCCAAGCACAGACAAGAAACGGAUAAAAUAUCUACACACAAAAUUAUUAAACAGAAGAUCCAAGUUCUCCAAGAAAAAUGUGAAAAGGAAACUCAAUUCAUUUGCAAAGUUACAUUUUUGGUUUCCUAUCCUCCAGGCACUGGGAAGUGCCAGGAAGAAAGAAACAGAUGUGGAAAAAGAAAACCCUGUUUUACAGCAUUAGCCACAGGUUCUUAAACUAUUUUGCCUGGUGAAGAGCUCCUGGAACUUCAAAAGUUUGUGCCUGUUUUGCAAAACACUGACUGAAAACCAUUAAAGAAAUCUAUGGCUCUGUGAGUGAAAAAUGUAUCAAAAACAUUUGCUUUUUUCCCCUUAUACUGGUUCACUUUUCCCUGCAAAAUUGUGCCAUUCAGCUUGAGGUUACUCAGUUGAGCAGACUGUUUCCUGACACCCUGUCAAAGUGUUCGUUCCUUUCCAUGUAUUUAACGAUGAUGAUGAUGAUGAUGAUGUAAUAAUAUAUUAAAUGUAUAUGCCCCUCCCCCAAUUUCUUUCAUUACUGUUUUCAGUUUGCUUCCUUAUGCCUUCUAAAAAAUAUGCCCAAUUGCUUCUCCUCCACUUUUUGCCCUAUUCUGUCGUUCAGAUGGGUAUUUCCUUUCCUGAUAUAUUAUCACCAAGUGUCUUCAAUUCCUCUACCUGCUUUCCAUUUCUUGUUCUGUUUUCCACAGAUGAAAGACCUAAUAUGAAAUGAAGGGUUUUAGUUAUUCCAAGCCAAUUAGAAUUAGACGUCAGUCACCCCUCUCUCUACACAUAUCCAAUGACAAAAUGCACAUUCUAAAAUGCAGUCCUUCCUUCCUUCCUUCCUUCCUUCCUUCCUUCCUUCCUUCCUUC